AUGUUUGAAGCAUUCACGCACGGUUUUUCAUUACUCAAUGUCCUCUCAUUAGCCGCGUUCUUCACAACUGUUGCAUUGUUCUUCUGUGGAAUUCCAAUUUGUCGACAAAUAUGGAAACGACGAGACACGAAGGAGAUUUCGGGAGCGCCAUUUUUGAUGGGAGUUCUUGGGUGA